AUGAUCCCCUCGUCGUGGUCCCAUGAACAGGGCAGCUCCAUCGACAUUAUGGAUGCUUGCUUCGUUCGUGAUCCCAGCUUCGACUUCAACACUCCCUUGCUCAGCAGCAGCUCUGCUUCCUCACCGACCUACGACUCCUGCGAUCCCUUCACUCCUCGGUCUGGGCGAUCUACUCCCCACGCCUCCGCAGUUGAUUUCAGCGAAUCCUUCUCUUCUCACGGUUCAUUCAACUUUGAGCCUGCCGCGGCUGGCAUGCCGAUACACCACAAGAACCACAGCCACCAACACUAUCACAGAACCGGCACCAUGGACAUGCCUCUUCAGUACUCUGCUUCCAUGCCUCUCACACCCAGCCGCCGCCACUUCUCUGGCAUAGACAUUGAUUACAAUACGAUGCUUCAGGCCACACUCAACCAGCAGUGCAUGACCACCAUGUCACCCGUACAGGCCACCAUGAUGGACCAGUAUGCCUCUAUGCCCCAGGAUCUCCAGUCCUCCCCCUUCACGAUGCCCACUCCCAGUCGCUCUCUUCCCAGCUCUACACCAAACCACGCCGUCAACAUGUGGCCUUGCAACGAGAGCCCCAUCAUGAUGUUUGGCAACCAUGGCACGCCAUCCCCCUCUCCUCUCCAGUCCAUGUCGAUGAAGCGCGAUCACGACUCACCCUCACCUCCUCCAUCGAGGUCCUUCCGUCGUCGUACUAUGACCGAGGCGCAGCGGAGGACGAUGGCUCUUCAGAGACACCAGAGUGAGAUGAUGUACCGCAGCCAGCACGACUCGGAGGCCAUGGCACAGCUCAGGUCCAUGAAGCUUGACCACCACUCUGCAGAGGAUGAGCUUGACUCUGUCUACGUCGACCGCCGCGUGGUCCCCCGUCCUCGCGAGAGGUGCGACUUCAUGGGGUGCCGCAAGACAUACCAGAAGAAGGAGCACUUGAAGAGGCACCAGAGGGCCGCCCAUGGCAUUGGUGGUACUCCUGAGAUGCACACCUGCCCUGCUGAUGGUUGCCACAAGGUCUUCAAGGACCGUUUCGACAACUUCAAGCAGCACCUCCGCAUUCACAAGGACGGCAAGAGCACAAGGACGCCAUACAACGAAGAGGCAGCUCAGAUGUAUGACGAGUUGUGCAAGCAGAGCAAGACCCGCAACACAAAGAAGGGUCUCAGGACUGCCAAGGCCUAG